AUGUUUGGCGAUCUUAUUACAGAGGAUUGGGAUAGAAGAACUAAUGCUAUCUAUUUGAGAGUCUUUAUUAAACCUGAAUUAUUAUAACCAGGGUUCAAUUUAGGUUCAAGAUUCAAAUCACCAGAUCCUUCUCAUUGA